AUGUCCGACGUUAUGAGUGUAGAUUGGUCUCAGUAUGGAUUGUCCUUCUUAAAUGGGCCAGUAACGUACCCUUAUGUAAUCCAUAGUGGCAAUUAUGAAGGAUUGGUGAAAUAUGUGUCCGGGCCAGAAUUGCCAAACAAUGGUGCCAUGGUUGCACUAGAAUUGGAAAGUUCGAUGAUGUUGGUCGAUGGAAGUUGGUAUCAAUUGACUCUCGACCAACCAAAUCAGCAGUACUUGCGGUAUCUGGACGAUUUCAUCACCAAAGUGUAUCAUUUAUACAAUGAAGUUGAAACUAACUACCCUCUGUUUGAGGAAGCAUUAGACUAUUUGAGAAGACAAGAUGGUACGCCAGUUAAGCCAGAUGUUGAGCAGGUAGUCGGUCAUGUACAGCUCGUGUUGCAAAUGAAGCAAUUGGAAGAUGAUGGGGAUGGUAGUUUGAAGAAGAAAGAGGAGUCAUCCUAA